GAAGAAGGAAAAAAAAAUAUUAUUAUAGUUGAUUUCUUUUUCGUGUUUAGAACAACUUGCAUCGCGUCUCUUAUUCAUCGCAAUCAUUUAUUGAUUCCUUUACUUGUACUAUUCUUUAACUGAAUCAAUCGAAAGAAAUUACAAAAGACGACAACCGAGAAGAAAGAAAUAAAGAAAUAAAGAAAACAAGGCACCAACUACGUUAUCUAUUUCUUUUGAAUGUAUAUACAUAUACAUAUUAUACAUUACACAAUAUAUAAUAUAUAAUCGAUCCAAUCAACACAUUACAAUUGUAACUUCAUCUUGACGGAAACGAAUUCACAAUGUCUCAACCUGUGGAUGCCAUUGACAGAACACCCGAAUACGAGGAAUUUAUGCGACGUCUAAAAGAGUUCCACGAAAAGAAGGGAUCUGUACUUCAGCCUGAACCUGUCCUUGGGGGAAAGAAGCUUGAUUUAUACCUCAUCUACAAAACAGUUCUUGAAGCAGGAGGCUAUGACAAAGUAACAUUAAAUCGUGGAUGGAAACAAGUUGGAGAUCCUUUCAAUUUCCCACCUACUUGCACAAAUAGCGCUUAUAUUCUUAAAGGCGUAUUUACAAAAAAUUUGCUUGGAUGGGAAGAGGAAGAUUUUUGGAAGAGACCUUGGAACCCACCAAAAGACAUGGUAGAUCAAAAACAAAACACAAAGACUGGAUCACCAUUAGUGAACGGAACAAAUACAAAACAACGGGACUCUGCACGCCAGACAGCUACAGCUUUCACACAACCAGCCUACAAUCCCAGUGUAUAUAACAAUAGGCAGCCUUAUAGUUAUAAUCCCACAUAUCCCGGAGUUCCAGCUCCCUAUUAUCCAACCGGUAAGCAGCACCAACAUCCUCUUCUUUUUCCUCCUCCUCCUCCUUCUCUUCCUCUUUACCAUCAUCAAAACCACUACCACAACCAACAGCAGCAGCAGCAGCAGCAGCAGCAGUAUCAACAGCAGCAUCAGCAUCAACAGGCCAUGUUUAUGGACGAGGAAUUCCGGACCCGGAUUCUUUUGGCUCUCAAAUCCAACCUUCCUAAUGAAGUCGACUGGGCCUUUAACACUCUGAUCAAGUUCUCGUUUAUCUCUGAAAACUUUAGUCUCGAUUUUAUGCCAGUUCUGUUGGACCUUUUGCUUGGAUUUGCCGAUCCAUUCUUUGAUCGACAUGUUCGGUUUUUGAUGAAAGACUACAACAAUAACAGGGAUGAGGCAGAGGAAGCAGAGUAUGAAGUCGAGAGACAGGACGACGCCAUGUUCAGCACCAAAGAAGACCAAGAGUUAUUUGAACGUGUCCUCCAAGUCUUCCACAUCCUCCGCAACUUUUCGUUUCUCGACAUCAAUGUUCGUCGCCUGGCCCACCAAGAAAAACUCCGUCAGAUGCUCUUGCUCGGCAUCACCCUUCCACCAGACUCCCAGUACGCAGAACUCACUCGCCACUGUCUCGACAUUCUCGAAAAUAUUGCGCCCCAGGUCAUCGUCAACAGUCCCAACCAUCCGUUCCUCACCAUCAUCUCUGGCCUGCUCUUCACCAACGACCGGGCCUUGAUCCUAGGCGCCAUCCGAUGGCUGACCCGUGUGGCCGUGACAGAGAUCAACGAACGGGUGCUUAGUGUAGCCAAUCCAAAUAUCGUAGACCGACUUGCCCAGCUGCUUCUAGUUGAUGACGAAGAACUGACGGCAGCAACCCUAGAGUACUUUUAUCAGUACUCUGGACUUCACGGAGACUUCUCGAUACAGUUGGUCCAGUUGUGUCCCGGAAACCUGAUUGGCCUGUUGGUAGGCUUCUUGUCUUACAAGUCAAGUCUUGUGCCUGCAUCUGCAUCUGUCAACAGCACAAUCCACGGCAUUCCGUCUGCACAAUUGAGCAACCCGACCAACAACUCGAACAAACAAAAACCUCAACAAACAGCACCAUUGAUUCCAGAUCUUACCAAUUAUGCUCAUCUGGAUGAGCCAUACCGGUGUCUAGGAUGGUUAAAGGAGCGUUUGGAAAGUGCGACAAUUGAGGAUACAUUGAUUCUCAAGGCUAUAUACUCUCAGUAUCAGACUCUGUUUGGACUCGAAAAACCAUUGGGCGUCAAGGAAUUCUAUACUGUCUUGAAGAUCGCAUUCCCACAACCUCCUUCUGUUGAGGCUACAGUUGCAAGUGGAGCAGCACCUCUUGAAGAUUUAGUACUACAUAAUAUCAAAUAUGCUCCUGCCAAACGUCCUGAAGGACUGGAUUGUCGUUGGAGAGAGUGUGAGCUUGGAUUCGAAACAGAAAGUGACCUUCACAGACACAUUCUAGAUGAUCACAUUGGUGCUGAAAACACUGAUGGUGAGAAUACUUCUUCUCCUUCUUCUCCUGCGUCGUAUGCUUGUUGCUGGAUGACCUGUGAUCGAAGUGGAUUCCCGACCAGACAAGCAAUAAUUCAACACAUGCGCACUCACUUUGCAGCCAAGCCUAGCAAACCCCAGCCGGCUGCAAAAAAGAGAGAUUUUGUGAUCGAUUCGAUGCCAAUGGACGAUUCUGAAGUGUCUGGUGUUCCACUGACAGCAGCACUGUUGCUACGGAACCUGGUCAAGUACAAACAGCAUCAUGAAUAUUAUAUUCCGUAUGAAAGCGAGCUCACACAAAUAGCCGUUCAGCGACCAAGGCUGGCCAAGUACAUUCUUGCUGUUCUCAGUGCACUCGAAAUCAGCUAAACAUAUAUAUAGUAAUAAUCAUCAUAAUCAUAUUAAUAAUAUAUACACACACACAUAUAUAUACAU